AUGGCUUUCGUAGGAGGGGCAGAGAGUGAAGUUCAAAAAUGGAAAGUUCCUGAGUUGAAAUCGUAUUUACAGAGCCGUGGAAUAACUGUUUCGCAAAAGAGAAAGGAGGAACUAGUAGAAUUGGUGGAGAAGGCUCGCGAUCUUUCACUGGAACCGAUAGACGAUUGGGAGAAACCGGAGGAUGUGAUAGUCAACAAGUUGCAGACGAAAAGAAGGUUCGCUCCCCUGUCCUAACACGUUACACUCUGACUGGACUUCCGACUUUUCUGAUUUUCCGAACUUCACAUACGGUGAUAUGUACGCUUACUUAAUCAAUAAGGAGGGUUAUGACCACGAGUCUCUCAAGGCAUAUAAGUCGUUCGAAGGCUACCGCCUGUUCUGGGAUGGCCAUGUGUUAAAAUUGAUGAAGAACAAGAACUUGUUCAAUGGAUACCACUACGUUAAAUUUGGAGUAAAAAGCCAACGGAACGAGAAAAAAACGCAAGUCGGACAGAAACCAACUUACGAUGGAUGGAUAAUAAUUCAGUCAGAUGGAUCAGUUUACACAGCGCAUUGCCCUUGUAUAGGAGGGUGUGUAUUCUGCUGCCUCGGCUAAUAUUUGGCCAUCUUAAAAAUGAAUUUGAUUUAUGUAUGUGUUAAAUGAUAAAUCCAGAUUGAUCUGUUCAACUGACACAAUGUUGAAGUGUUAAUGAAAAUAAUAAUUUGCAGCUUUGCGAAAUUUUGUACUUCGUUUCCAAAUUGUUGAAGACAUCUUUAUACUAUGCCCAAGUGUAUGUGAUCUCUAUGGCUUUCAGAAUAAUUUCCUUUUAUCUAGUAUUCAAAACUUUGACUCUGGUCAUCACAAUAUAUCUGUUGAAACUUUUCUUAAUUCCUAAUUUCUUGAUCAGGGCUGAUGGUGCUUGCCGGCACAUUGGUGCCUCGCUUAUUGACCUUGAAGCUACACUGAGAGAAAAUGUUGUAAUAACUUGCACAGGGAGAAAGUGCACUUGGAAACAACGGAAGAGGACUCAUGAGGGCAUGACAAAAGGAUCAGCCAUGGAUUUUACAAAACCCACACUGAACAAAGAGAAAAAGAAGCGACUAAAACCAAGGUGUGAUACUUAUGACCCCAGAACUUCAUAUGAUACGAAUGUAAAUUUGGCUGAGAAUUUUAGAAAGCUUGUUGCUGAAACUGUUCCUUCAGCUGUAUUACUGCAUCUGUUACCUGACCCAGACACAUGUAAUGGUCAACAUCCUCAACUUGAUUCAGAAAAUGUAAAUGACAUAAGAGAGGAAAAUUCAAUUGUUACUACAUUUACAUUAGAUUCUUUAUCACCAAUGAAACCUUUGCCACCCAGUCUGGAUGAGAUUAAAGAAAGGGGCAAGGCAAUAAAAAGAAAACUUCAGUUUACAGAUGAUGAAAUUGAUGCAGUGGAAAAAAACAAAACUGCAGAGUGAUGCCAUUGACUGGUUUCAGUACAGAACAGGAAGAAUCACCGCUUCUCAUUGUAAACGUAUUGCAAGCUUGAAAUUAACCACAUCUCCAACUAAAGCUUUAAAGGAAGUUUUGAGUUACAACCAAGUGCCUUUAACAGCUGCCAUGAAGGAGGGCUUGGCAAAGGAGGAUGAAAUUGAACAGGCACUAAUAAAAUACAUGAAACAGAAUGGACAUUCUGAUAUAAAAGUCGAAAAGUGUGGAUUUGUCAUUAGCAAGACCCAUGGACAUAUUGGUGCCUCUCCAGAUAGAAUAAUAUAUGAUCAGUCUGAGUCUAGCCCAGGUGUGGUUGAGAUGAAAUUUCUUCAGGUGAAGUCAGGGGAAACCCUUGAAGAUAUUUUACUGAAACAGCAUAUUUGUAUAAAAAGAAGCAAUGGUAUAGCCCUUAAUAGAAAUCAUAAAUACUUUUAUCAACUACAUCAACAAAUGUUUGCAACAACGUAUCCCUGGGGCAUAUUUGUUGCUUGUGGCAGGGAUGGUGGUAUUUAUGUUGAGAAAGUGUUGUUUGAUCAAGAGUUUUGGUCUCCAGUGCUAGUUAAGCUGGAUUCAUUUUUUGACUUGGUCAUUUUACCAGAACUAGCUUUUCCAAAGGUUAAAUAUGGUCAGAACCGUACAGUGUUAUAUAGUACAGAUAAAUAA